AUGGACAAACUGCAGGAGACAUUGAUAAACAUGGAAGAUGCUCUGGGUUCGGAGCACUCCGCCUGCUUGUCAUCCUGGGACUGGAAGAGCUCCGCUGGGCCCUUUGAGCUGCACCCCAUCUCGCCCCCGCACAGCUUGUCCCCGACGCCCUCCUUCGAGUCCUGCUCCUCGUCGCCCUGCCCGGCGGCGGCCGAGACCCCGUUCGGCAGCGGCGGCAGCGGCCUGGCGGCCUACGGCCUGCUGGAGUUCCCCGCCGCCUACCUGCCCAGCCCCGGGCAGGCCCGGCUGCCCAAGGGCACCAAGGUGCGGAUGUCGGCCCAGCGCAGGAGGAAGGCCAGCGAGAGGGAGAAGCUGCGGAUGAGGACCUUGGCCGACGCGCUCCACACACUGCGCAAUUACCUGCCCCCCAUCUACAGCCAGCGGGGCCAGCCCCUCACCAAAAUACAGACCCUGAAGUACACCAUCAAGUACAUCAGCGAACUGACCGAGCUCCUCAACAGCGUCAAGCGGGUGUAG